AUUUCAUGGGAGUAUAACUGCAAGUAUCUGGGAUGCCACUAUUAAAAGUGCCACUUAGAAAACAGAAAGAAAUUGAGCAAGAGAGGCAUUUGCAAGCCAACAACAAAGAAUUCAAUGAAAAAUUUGAAUAUGUGAACAACGCCAUCAAGACGUCAAAAUACAAUUUCUUCACAUUCCUGCCCAUGAAUCUAUUUGAACAAUUUCAGAGAGCAGCAAAUGCAUAUUUCCUCUUCUUGCUGUUCCUCCAGCUCAUUCCACAGAUAUCAUCUUUGGCUUGGUAUACAACGGUGGUCCCUCUGGCAUUAGUGCUCUCAAUGACAGGAGUGAAGGAUGCCAUUGAUGACAUGUAUCGGCACAACAAUGACAAGAAAGUCAACAAUCAACCUGUUCUAGUGCUAGUAAAUGGCAUGGUAAAGGAAGAAAAGUGGAUGAACAUCAAAGUGGGGGAUAUAAUAAAACUACAAAAUAACAGUUCUGUCACAGCAGAUGUGCUGUUACUCUCCAGUAGUGAACCCAGUAGUCUGACCUACAUAGAAACUGCAGAACUAGAUGGGGAGACCAACUUGAAAGUGAAGCAAGCCUUGACUGUCACCAGUAACCUGGGAGAUAACCUGGAGAAACUGACCACCUUUAAAGGUGAAGUCAGGUGUGAGCCUCCUAAUAACAGAUUGGACGAAUUCACAGGGAUAUUGAUCUAUGAGGGUGAAAAGCAUGCUUUGAACAAUGAGAACAUAUUGCUGAGAGGCUGCACCAUCCGGAACACAGACUGGUGUUAUGGCCUUGUGAUUUAUGCUGGUCAUGACACCAAAUUAAUGCAGAACAGUGGAAAGAACAUCUUUAAACGGACAAGCAUAGAUCAUCUCAUGAAUAUCCUUGUGUUCUGGAUUUUCCUGUUCUUAGUUGGCAUGUGUUCCAUCCUGGCAAUUGGGCAUGGAAUUUGGCAGACCCAGAAUGGUUAUUACUUCCAGAUCUAUCUACCUUCAGAAGAGACAGUCAACUCCCCAGGUGUUUCUGCCUUCCUCGUAUUCUGGUCAUACAUCAUCAUUCUCAACACUGUGGUGCCAAUUUCACUCUAUGUCAGUGUAGAGAUUAUACGAUUGGCCAACAGCUUCUACAUCAACUGGGAUCGAAAAAUGUUUUACAUCCCAAAUGACACACCAGCACAGGCCCGUACCACAACUCUGAAUGAGGAACUCGGCCAGAUCCAGUAUGUGUUCUCUGACAAGACGGGGACACUGACUCAGAAUAUCAUGAUUUUCAACAAGUGCUCCAUUAACGGGCAGUCAUAUGGUGAUAUCUACAAUAUGACUGGACAAAAGAUGGAAAUCACAGAGGAAACAGAGAAGGUUGACUUCUCCUACAACAAACUGGCUGACCCUAAGUUUUCAUUUUAUGACGAGACUUUAGUAGAAGCCGUAAAAAAAGGAGAUACUAUGGUCCACCUUUUUUUUCUCUCCCUCUCACUCUGUCACACAGUGAUGUCAGAAGAGAAGGUGGAAGGAGAACUGGUAUAUCAGGCACAGUCUCCAGAUGAAGGAGCCCUUGUCACUGCUGCCAGAAAUUUUGGCUUUGUGUUUCGCUCUCGAACGUCUGAAACAAUCACUGUAGUGGAAAUGGGUGUCACAAAAGUCUAUGAGCUCCUAGCUAUCCUGGACUUCAGCAAUGUACGAAAGCGGAUGUCUGUGAUUGUGCAGACACCCGAAGGUAAGAUGAUGCUGUUCUGCAAGGGAGCUGACACCAUCAUCUGGGAAUUGCUCCACCCAUCCUGCAUACCCCUCCAAGAUGUGACCAUGGGACACUUGGAUGAAUUUGCCAGCGAUGGCUUGCGUACGCUUGCUGUGGCCUUCCGAGAGCUGGAUGAGAAAGUAUUCCAAAGCUGGAGCCGAAAACACUAUGAAGCCAGCACUUCCAUGGAAGAUCGGGAGGAAAAAUUAGGACUAGUCUAUGAAGAGAUUGAAAAAGACAUGAUGCUGCUAGGGGCCACAGCCAUUGAAGACAAGUUACAAGAUGGAGUGCCUGAGACAAUAGCCACUCUGAUCAAAGCAAAUAUUAACAUGUGGGUUUUGACUGGAGACAAGCAAGAGACUGCUGUGAACAUUGGCUACUCUUGCAAUAUGCUAAGUGAUGAUAUGAAUGAGGUGUUCGUUAUAGAUGCCAAGGAGAGUAGUAUGGUCCAGCAGCAACUCAGGUCAGCAAGAAAUAAAAUGAAACCUGGCUCUUUACUGGGGACAGACCCAGUAACUGACCUCCUCACUCGAACAGAAAUGAAGACCUUUAUUGUGCCUAAAGAAGUGGCCAAUGGUAGCUACGGCCUAGUCAUCGAUGGCCACAGUCUGGCUCAUGCCCUUGAGGAGAACGUGGAGUUGGAACUGCUAAGGACAGCUUGUAUGUGCAAAUCAGUGAUCUGUUGCCGUGUGACACCUCUGCAGAAGGCCCAAGUGGUAGAACUAGUGAAGAAAUACAAGCAUGUGGCAACACUAGCCAUUGGUGAUGGAGCAAAUGAUGUCAAUAUGAUCAAAGCUGCCCACAUUGGGGUGGGCAUAAGUGGCCAGGAGGGGAUGCAAGCCAUGCUUGCCAGUGAUUUCUCCUUUGCCCAGUUCCAGUUUCUGAAGCGCCUACUCUUGGUCCAUGGUCGUUGGUCCUAUAUCCGGAUGUGCAAAUUCCUCCGCUAUUUCUUCUACAAAAAUUUUGCCUUCACAUUGGUGCACUUCUGGUAUGGCUUCUUCUCCGGCUUCUCUGCACAGACCGUCUACGAUGAGUGGUUCAUAGCUUUCUACAACUUGAUCUACACAUCUCUCCCUGUCCUGGCCAUGAGCCUCUUUGACCAGGAUGUGAAUGACUUGUGGAGCCUUCGAUUCCCUGAGCUCUAUGAACCAGGCCAAUGCAACCUCUACUUCAACAAGAAGGAAUUUGUGAAGUGUAUAUUGUAUGGCAUCUACAGCUCCUUGGUGUUGUUCUUCAUCACCUACGGAUCUACUUACAACUCAGUGCAAAGCAAUGGGAAGGACAUCUCUGACUACCAGUCUUUUGCCCUGAUAGUGCAGACCUCCCUGCUCGUGUUGGUGACUGUACAGAUGGGCCUGGAGACAGCCUACUGGACAGCUGUGAACCAAUUCUUCAUUUGGAGCAGCUUGACCUUAUACUUCAGCCUCAUGUUCCUCCUUUACAGUGAUGGCCUGUGUCUGCUCUUCCCUCACACGUUCAAAUUCAUGGGCACAGCUCGGAACACCCUGAUCCUGCCCCAGGUGUGGCUAACAAUUCUUCUCACUGUGGCUCUUUGUGCACUGCCCGUGAUCGUAUACAAAUUCCUCCGGAUGGAGUUUCAGCCCACCAAAGUUGAAAAGGUUCUCAAUAAGAUCUAUGAACUCAUGAAGAAACCAGAAACACCCCCAGCCCGGAUGACAUUGAGACGCGCAAGCUCCCGACGUUCAGCCUAUGCCUUUGCCCACCAACAAGGAUUUGGGGCACUCAUCACUUCAGGAAAGAACGUGAAAUCAAGGGCACCCUUUGGCUUUGGUGAUAACUAUUCUUUCCAUACGUGAAAGAUCCUGGGGGGGUCACCAGGACCCCCCCUAAUUCUAUGCACACACCUGAUUUGGGGGGAAAUAUCACUCUGUAAGAAACCUGCCAACUGAAGAAUCACCUUUCCCCUCAGUCCUUUCACUUCUCAGUGGUUAGGGAAGGGGGUUCUACACCAUUCAACCCAAAUGUCUGAGGUAGUGAUCCAGGAAGGAGCAGCCUGAUGAAUCUUUGCCACCCCCACCCACACCCCCCCCCCCAAAAAACCAAAAACAAACACACACUUGAGGGAGAGGCAUUGAGGAGUGUCAACUGUCAGGUUAAGUCCAGGCAUGUUGAUGCCACCCCUAGCCAAGCACAGAACUUUAGGAGGAGAGAUGAAAAGUCUUAGUAUGGGGCCUCUGAGAAGAAAGGGUGAUACCCUGCUACUCUUAGGGAUCUAAUUGGUUUGUUCCCAUCAAAAAUGGCUACUUCAGCCUGAGGAGGGAAAUUAAAUACAUCAAGAGCUCAUUCGAUAUCCCCUACAGUCUCACAGUUAACAUAACUCCCUUCCUCUUCUUCCAGUGAUCCCUGCCCCACCUCCCUCCAGGUCCCAUACCACCAUAAACUCCUCUUUCCCCAAAACUCUGGUCUUCACUUUACUAUAACCUCUCUCUGGGAAUAACUUGAAGAAUACUGUGGCACUAAGGGGCAAAGCCUGGCUUCUGGAGACCCACCGUAUGGGCUAAUGUGGCACUUUAGGAUUUGUGUCUUGGGAGGGGAUGUCAUUUCAUUUGGGGUGAAUACCAGAAGAGAUAGAUGGCUCUUUGAUCCCUUUUAUCCUAAGGGUCCUGGGAAUUGAGAAUGUAGCUAUUUUGGUAAGGUGACUGUUGAACUUUGGGCCACAGAGCUGGUUAGGAUGGGGAGUGCCCUACCAUGAAGCCAUUUUCAAAUCUAUUUCUUGGGAGAGAUGAGAGGUCAAUCUUGG